GGCAAGGGUUGUAAUUUGAAAAGGGGAGAAAAGACUGGUUCGUUUUUCCGUCCCGCGUCACAACUUUGAUGCGCGCGCCAACUGUCGUGAUUCGACGUUCAAUACGCAAGUCCGUAUUUCAAUGCGGCCGAGAGAAGUUUUCUACGCUAAAGGGCAGUUCAAGAUCAUAUGCACCGUCGGUUUCGCCACUUGUGAAUUUUCAGAGUGGUGAUCUUAGCAACAAUAGUGUAAAAAUGGUUUGGUGCACAAUUUACGAUGGAAAAACCGAGAGCGGGUCUGCGGAGAAGCCAAGCAUGCAGUUAGCUGCUUCCAAUGCUCUGUCGAAUCUGGACCAUAUGUGCAGCCUCGACAUCGACUCCAGGGCUUCAUAUGUACGUCUCUCUGGAAUCAUCUGCACAAUCGGGCCGGCGUCCAGAAGUGUCGAGAUGCUGGAGAAAAUGAUGGAAACUGGUAUGAACGUGGCCCGUAUGAACUUCUCACACGGCUCGCACGAAUACCACGCAGAGACGAUCCGCAACUGCCGGGAGGCUGAGAAGAAUUACAGCAAGAAACUCGGCAUGCCAUUUUCAUUGGCCAUCGCUUUGGAUACUAAGGGACCGGAGAUCAGAACUGGCCUUUUGGAAGGUGGUGGUUCCGCGGAAGUAGAGUUGAAAAAGGGUGAGACACUCAAACUAACAACCGACCCUGGGUACCAAGAGCGCGGCAACGCAUCUACCGUGUUUGUCGAUUACAAGAACAUCACUAACGUAGUGAAGCCCGGUAACCGGAUAUUUAUCGAUGACGGUCUCAUCUCUGUCAUCUGUCAGUCAUCGACUUCCGACACUCUGGUCUGCACUAUCGAGAAUGGAGGUAUGCUCGGUUCAAGAAAGGGUGUGAACCUCCCCGGCCUGCCUGUAGACCUGCCUGCCGUGUCCGAAAAGGACAAGUCUGAUUUGUUAUUCGGUGUUGAACAAGGUGUCGACAUGAUUUUCGCGUCGUUCAUCCGCAACGGAGCCGCCCUGCAAGAAAUCCGCGGCAUCCUGGGCGAGAAGGGGAAGAACAUUAAGAUCAUCUCCAAGAUCGAGAAUCACCAGGGCAUGGUCAACCUUGACGAGAUUAUUGCUGCAUCUGACGGUAUCAUGGUAGCUCGAGGCGACUUGGGUAUCGAGAUUCCUCCAGAAAAGGUGUCUUUGGCGCAGAAAACUAUGAUCGCACGUUGUAAUUUGGUCGGUAAACCGGUGAUAUGCGCGACGCAAAUGCUGGAGUCGAUGGUGAAGAAGCCGCGGCCCACGCGCGCCGAGACGUCGGACGUGGCCAACGCGAUCCUCGACGGCGCGGACUGCGUCAUGCUGUCCGGCGAGACGGCCAAGGGCGACUACCCGCUGGAGUGCGUGCUCACUAUGGCCAACAUCUGCAAGGAGGCUGAGGCGGCGAUCUGGCACAAGCAGCUGUUCAUCGAUCUGGUUGCGCAGGUGAAACCGCCAAUCGAGCCAGCGCACUCAGUGGCGAUCGCGUCCGUAGAGGCGUCGUCCAAGUGCAUGGCGUCCGCCAUCAUCGUCAUCACCACCAGCGGCCGGUCCGCGUACCUGCUCAGCAAGUACAGGCCGCGCUGCCCCAUCAUCGCCGUCACGCGGCACGCGCAGACCGCUCGCCAGGCGCACCUGUACCGCGGCGUGCUGCCCCUCGUGUACGAAGAGGGCGUGGCGAGCGACUGGCUAAAGGACGUGGACAACCGCGUGCAGUACGGGCUGCAGUUCGGGCGCAAGCGCGGCUUCCUGCGCACCGGCGACAACGUCGUGCUCGUCACCGGCUGGCGGCAGGGCUCCGGAUACACCAACACCAUGCGCAUCAUCCAAGUGGAAUAAGAAAAGUUGUUUGAAACGUGCCGGAUGUGAAGAUAUUCCUAUGAAGUAUUAGAGCAACCAGCAGUGAUAAAAGAUCUACGCACUUUAAGUGAUAUUAAAUAAGCUAUGUAAUUAUUGUAUGUCGAAAUUUAACUAGCGUAGGAAAUAUUUAUUAAUGCAAAGUUUAUAGAAGUACGAGUGUUGCAUUUGUAUGUGAUGCUUAAUAAAAGUUUUAUUUCUGG